CGCUGGCUUGAUGGCGGAGGCGCUGCGCUCCCGCUUCGCCCGGCGCCGCUUCUGGGGCGGCUUCGUGUGCGGGGCGGCCUUGGGCGCCGCCACCUCGGGGCUGGCGGCCGCGCAGCUGCUGAGGGGACCCGGCCCCCUCCCCGCGCCCCGAGACAGCCCCCCCGAGCCUCCCUGGAAGGCGGAACCAGUGGCUGAGUCUGUGCUGGGAAAGUAUGGAUUUCCUGUAGCAGGAACGCAGACCAGAUAUUACACCAAUCAUGCGCUGUCUUACGACCAAGCAAAACGAGUACCUAGAUGGGUGAUCGAACAUCUCUCCAAACACAAGAUUGUGGGCAGUGCAGACAGAAAACACUGUAAGUUUAGACCGGAUCCUGGCGUCCCUCCACUCUUCAGUGCCAUGAAUGAAGACUACGUUGGGAGCGGCUGGUCACGAGGCCAUAUGGCACCAGCAGGAGAUAACAAAUACUCUCCAAAAGCCAUGGCUGAAACAUUUUAUCUCUCCAACAUUGUGCCUCAGAACUAUGAGAAUAAUGCUGGAUUCUGGAACAGAAUGGAAAUGUAUUGCCGUGAACUGACAGAGAGAUUUGAGGACGUUUGGAUUGUUUCAGGACCUUUGACAUUACCUCAGAUUGAUGAUAAUGGGAAGAAAAGAGUCACCUAUCAGGUAAUUGGAAAAGACGACGUGGCUGUUCCUUCGCAUCUGUACAAAGUGAUCCUUGCCAGGCGAAGUGCAACGUCGCCAGAUCCUCUGGUGCUCGGGGCCUUCGUCGUACCCAACAAUCCUAUCGGCUUUGAUCAUCAGCUGCCAGAAUUCCAAGUUGGCAUUGAAGAGCUGGAGAAAAUGUCGGGCCUUGUUUUCUUCCCGCAGGUGAAUAAAGACAAAGAAGUUAGAAAUAUCUGUGAGAUCGACACAUGCAAGCUGAUGAGCUUGGAGGAAUUCACUUUGUACAUCACCACGCGGAAGCUGCAAAGCGCUAGGACGCUAGAAAGGUUGGGAAAGAUCAUGUCAGAGUUACGGGAGAAAGGAAUUGAGCCUGAUGAAUAUCUCUUAGAGGUUUACAAGAGGAAAGAGGAGGAAUUAGCAAUACAGAAGCCAGUGGAAGCUAGAGAAGGGAGAAGUGGUUAAGGUCUUUUUUUUUUAAAAAAAGUUUGAUUUUGCUGCUGCUAAGAUUUGGUCAGGUCUUUGCAGUGGUACAGAUCUCAGGGGUAGAAAUAUGCUUCUUUGGUGUGAUCAUUAUAAUAUCCCCUGUGGUACAGGUUGGCAAUGGGGAUUACAUUGACUGAUUUUUGCCCUUUUCAAAACUGGUUUAUUCAGAAUUCCUUCUAGGGAUACUGUAAAAGUUGAAAAUGGUUACCUUGGGGUGAUACAAGCGGAACUGGUCUUGAUGUAACUUCUCUUUGCUAACAUGAUGCUUUUAAAGUGAUGUUGUUAUUCUGUUUUCUAUUUGGACUAUAAGAUGCUGCAAGUAUGUGAUCAAUUUUCAUUUAUCCUGACAUUAGGUUUUAGAAAUAAAUAAAAGGAUGUCACUUCUCUGCUA